GGAAUUUUUUUGAUCUCUUGAGAAGAUCAAGAACAUGAGUUGCCUCCCCUGCUUCAAGAAAAAAGCUGAAUCGCAGCCGGAGGAGGUGCCGAUCGCUCAUCCUAAAGGAAUCUCAACCACCCCACCAAAUCCCGCUGAACCAUUUCACAAAGGAGACAAAGUUAACCCUGGUGGAAACGGGAACAGCAAUGCUAAGACUUACACAUUCCGCGAACUCGCGAGUGCAACAAAGAAUUUCAAGCAAGAAUGCCUGAUAGGAGAAGGUGGAUUUGGAAGAGUGUUCAAGGGAACACUUCAAGGUGGAGAGAUUGUGGCAGUGAAGCAACUAGACAGAAGUGGAACACAAGGAAACCAAGAGUUCCUUGUUGAGGUCUCAAAGUUGACUCUCCUUAAGCACCCAAAUCUGGUCAAUCUCAUUGGAUAUUGUGCUGAUGGUGAUCAGAGGAUUUUGGUCUUUGAAUAUAUGCCGAUGGGUUGCCUAAACGAUCAUCUGCUUGAUCUCAAAGAGGAUAAACAGCCACUAGGUUGGCUAUCCAGAAUGAAGAUAGCUUUAGGUGCUGCUAAUGGACUCGAGUAUCUACAUGAAACGGCCAACCCGCCAAUAAUUUAUCGCGAUUUGAAAGGCACAACCAUUCUAUUGGAUAAAGAUCUUAAUCCUAGACUUUCAGAUUAUGGUCUUGCUAAGCUUGUAGGUGGAGGGAGUAGGACGAACAUGUCACCAAUGAUGAUGGGAACUGGUUAUUGUGCUCCAGAAUUUGAAAGAAAUGGUGAACUCACUUUGAAGUCAGAUGUAUAUUGUUUUGGAAUUGUUUUGCUUGAACUUAUAACAGGGCGUCGAGCAAUGGAUACAACAAGGCCAGCAGAUGAGCAAAACUUAGUUGCUUGGGCACAACCUUAUUUCAAGGAUCCAAAGAAGUUCCCUGAAUUGGCAGAUCCGCGUCUCGGGAAGAGGUUUCCUGUCAAAGGUUUAAAUCAAGCAGUUGGGGUUACAGCAAUGUGUCUUCAAGAUGAACCAAUGGUUCGUCCUUUGAUUGGUGAUGUUGUGGCUGCUCUUACUUUUCUUACAAUGCCCCAGCCAGAUGACCCUAUUCCCAGUUCACCUCCCGCUCCAACCCCAACGUCAAAUAUUGAAAAGUCAAGUCUAAAUAAUGAAGAUCAAGAGAGUUCUGAAAACGAGGACCAAGAUUAUUCAGAUGAUGAGGAUGAAGGUUAUUCCGAUGAUGAGUAUGAACACAGUGAGAGUGACCAAGAAAAUGAUGAAAAAGUCCAUGACAAACAACUUUCUCAAAAAGUUGGUGAUAAACAACAGUCUCAAAAAGUUCGUGACAGUCAAGAGGAUGAGAAAGCAAGUUCAGAUUAUGGAUAUGGAAGUGCAUCGGGAUCUUCAGAAUAUGAGGAGGACAGUAGAGAUGAUGAACAACGAAAAGUGACAGCAAAAUCAGCAAAAUACGGUUCGCGUUCAAGACAUAAAAGCAACGUGAAAUCUCGUGCCAAAAGUAUCAACUCAGGUUCAAGUAGCUGGACAUCCAACAGAUACACAAGGAACCAUAAAAAGAAUGCAAUUGUCGAAUGUAAUGGGCAACAAUGUCAAUGAUGCUUGCAAACAUGGAACGGAUUCAAGUUUAAGUCACAUAGAGAAGUCCAUUUUAGCAAAAACCAAAAAUCUAAUGGAGCAAGUGCUAGUACAAAUUGCAGAAGUAAAAGCAACAUUGACACAAGUAAUGUAAUUAUUGAUUUUGUUAAGGCAACAAUCAGCUUACAUUCUAAUUAUGGAAAUUUUGGUGCAUAUUCAGGUCACAACGCAACG